UUUCUUCGGUUUCCUUGUAAAUGUUCUCCUGAAGAAAUGACGCGAAGUAGAAAUGAACGGCUUAGAGUUCAACCCCAACCUCUAAUGUUGUCUGAGUAAAGGUGUAGGCAUUUCAGUGUCUGCGUCAACAGAACAUUUGACGAGUGCCAGCUUAUCUCCAAGUAACGGUUCCUCAUCCUCUUCUGGUAGGAAUACAGAGUUCACCUAUGGCGAAAUCCUGGAGGGGACGUUUAUCACCCUGAUGAACCGGUUGCAUGCGAAUUUUAGGCCUUUAUGGAGAUAAUUAAUGAAAAGAACAAACGUCGAUUUAUUGAAGCAUUUACAGCAGUAUUUAUAGUAGUACCUUCUUAUCGUUGUCGUUCUUGUAGUUCCCAUUGUCAAUCCUUUAAAAAUUCUUGCGAUCAUUAUUCUUCGUGUGAUUCCACUUCCCUUUACAAUGCUUGUUCAAUCUACUACUGCGCCCAACCCUCAUCUCGUUCUUCAUAUCCAGAGGCGAACAGAAAAUCGAUUGGUGGAACCUUCUACGAUCUUGGUUGUGGUAUUGCGAAGUCCUUGUACUUGUCUGCCUGUUCGGAAUGGCGUUUCAGGAAAGCAG